AUGAGUAUUGCUGGUGUUGGGGUAGUGUUUGUGGUCUCGGUAGUAGUCACGGGUUGGACAGCUCUGGCCUGGGUGCUGACCCCUUGCUUUUUGUUGGCAACACUGCCUCUGCCGGCGUUACUACAGACCAAACGCUUUUACCGCUGCGUCACUCGCUUUAUCAGUCAAUGGGCAUGGAUGGGUCAAGUGGUUUUAUUGCUUGAGAAAAUGUUUCGGAUUCAAGUGCGAGUCUACGGAGAUGCAGAGACGAAAGCUCAUGAGACUGACAUGCCACAUGAUCGAGCCUUGUGGAUAUCAAACCAUCGCACUCGUAUCGACUGGAUGCUCCUGUGGACCGUCGCAUGGCGGACAGGCACAUUGCACCAAUUGCGAAUUGUCUUGAAAGCCCCGCUGCGCAAAAUCCCCAUCUUUGGCUGGGCCAUACAACACUUUAUCUUCAUUUUUCUUCAACGCCGGUGGGCAGAUGAUCAGGUGAACCUGCGUAUGUUGCUGCCGUUCCUUACAUCGGCAGAACCGGAGGCUUCCUACCUUCUCUUUCCGGAGGGCACAGAUCUCAGCGAGAGGAACCUAGAAAAGAGCCGUUCUUUUGCUAACAAGAACGGCCUCCCACCUCGACAAUUUUCGUUGUACCCGCGCACGACGGGUUGGACCUUCAUGUUCCCAUUGCUGCGCUCACACCUCACGGCUGUAUACGAUAUCACCAUGUUCUACGUGGAUUAUGCUGCUAACGAACGUCCAUCAGAGAAAUCGCUGCUUACUGGGCGUCUUCCACGAAUGGUUCAUUUCUAUAUAGAGCGAGUGGACAUCACGACCAUGCGCGAGAAAAGUGAGAAGGAGCUUGCGGUCUGGAUGAAAGAACGCUUCGAACGUAAAGAGUCUCUCCUCAAGGCAUUCUACGAGUCGAAUGGGAAGCUUCCAAAUGGAGCAGUACCUCUUUUUCAGGAAAAUCAAGGACCCGUGUUCGCCGUGUUAGUCAUGUUUUGGCUCAUGUUGAUUGGUACCGCCAUCUUUUGCGGACUAUUUGGCAAUUUGAGCUCAUUUAUAGCAGCCGUGACGAUAAUGGCUGGUUACAGCAUCAUCACUGCUUACGGCUCGGGCGUUGAUGGGUAUCUGAUAGCGAAUUUGUAA